GAAGGAGUGUCAUCAUGGGAGCAUUUUUAGACAAGCCAAAGAUGGAGAAGCAUAAUGCCCAGGGGCAAGGGAAUGGGCUUCGUUAUGGUCUGAGUAGUAUGCAAGGCUGGCGAGUUGAAAUGGAGGAUGCACAUACGGCUGUGAUUGGUUUGCCAAAUGGACUUGAUGGAUGGUCAUUUUUUGCUGUAUAUGAUGGGCACGCUGGAUCACAGGUUGCCAAGUACUGCUGUGAGCAUUUAUUAGAUCACAUCACGAGCAACCAGGAUUUUAAAGGGCCAGAUGGGCCACCAUCUGUGGAAAGUGUAAAGAGCGGCAUCAGAACAGGUUUUCUGCAAAUUGAUGAACACAUGAGAGUCAUCUCCGAGAAGAAACAUGGCGCAGACAGAAGUGGGUCAACAGCUGUGGGUGUCAUGAUUUCUCCCCAACAUACAUACUUCAUCAACUGUGGAGACUCGAGAGGUUUACUUUGUAGAAACAGGAAGGUUCACUUCUUCACACAGGAUCACAAACCAAGUAAUCCACUGGAGAAAGAGCGUAUACAGAAUGCAGGUGGCUCUGUAAUGAUUCAGCGUGUGAAUGGCUCUCUUGCUGUUUCAAGGGCACUUGGGGACUUUGAUUACAAAUGUGUCCAUGGGAAAGGUCCUACAGAACAGCUAGUCUCACCUGAGCCUGAAGUUUAUGAAAUUGAGAGAUCAGAAGAUGAUGAUCAGUUCAUCAUACUGGCCUGCGACGGUAUCUGGGAUGUUAUGGGAAAUGAAGAGCUGUGUGACUUUGUAAGAUCCAGACUUGAAGUCACUGAUGACCUUGAGAAAGUUUGCAAUGAGAUAGUUGACACCUGCUUGUACAAGGGAAGUCGAGACAACAUGAGUGUGAUAUUGAUCUGUUUUCCGAAUGCACCAAAGGUAUCGCCAGAGGCGGUGAAAAGAGAGGCAGAGUUGGACAAGUACCUGGAAAGCAGAGUAGAAGAGAUCAUAAAGAAGCAGGGUGAAGGAGUCCCAGACUUAGUCCACGUGAUGCGUACGUUAGCAACUGAGAGCAUCCCAAACCUCCCGCCAGGGGGUGAAUUGGCAAGCAAACGGAGUGUGAUUGAAGCUGUUUAUAACAGACUGAACCCCUACAGGAAUGAUGAUACUGAUUCUGCCUCAACUGAUGAUAUGUGGUAAAACUGCUCAUCUAGCUGUGGAGUUCACGUUUCAUCCUUCAAAUGAAAGUGCAGCCCAACCUCAGUGACCCUUCUUAACAUCCAUCCUCAUCCUUAAUUAAAGACGGGAAUAUGAUGUGUUGGUGAGACUGACUACAGCAGUAUGACAUCUAGCCCAGGAACUGAUCUUUUUUGUAAAACAGACUUCUGUAAACAUGAUUUCAAACCAUAAUUCAUGUUGUAAAUCAGACUCCAGCAAUUUAUGUUGUAUGAUUUUGUUUUUGUAAAGUGCAAUUGUCUUUGUACAAAAUGCUCAUAUUUAAUUAUGAACUGCUUUAAAUCACUAUAAAGGUUAGAAGAAACGUUUGGCUUGUGUGAUGCAACAAUAUAUAUCCCUUUAAAUUCAUGUUGUGGUUUUGGAUUGCAAGGAGCAGCAGCCUAGCCAGCUAGGUGCUCAAGAGGUGCACAAAACUGUAAAGAUAACUUUUUGUUUUAUAUGAAAGCUGAACUUGUGGGAAACUUACCAGAAAUUACAGUGUGUGAAUUUGCUUGGCAAUGGAAAAAUAAUUAAGAGUAGUGCACAUUCUUCAACAAACGUAUAUUGUUUUCUUGGACACACUCCUGCUCUCACAUUGAGUUAAAGGGAGUUCUGAUUUUGACUUCAGUGGGAGUUAAAUCAUGCCCUAUUAAUAGUAUCGUGUUCAUACACGUAUGAACCUUGGGAUUACAAUGCCUUGAUUCUUUGCACCUCUUUUUUCAUUAACCCUUACCUGAAACUACUAAUCACUGAGCACGAACAGGCAGCUUUCUACAUACAGUAGGAGUCUGCAGCAUUUUUACAAUCCUGAUUGGCUGGGUCUGCUGCUGUUCCAAGUAAAAUACUUUGAAUUCCAUUUUAUCAAUAAAGCUUGAUUUAACAAACAAGAAAUUUAUCCAUAAAUGUGUAAUUCCUUUUUUCCUGCCUUUUAAAAUGUUGGUGCCAUUGUAAAUGAUAUUUUACUUGUGGAAGAAUAUUUUUAUUAAUUGGUAGCCCAUUUUUAAAAUGGGAAGGAUUUUGAUUAUUGCCCAAGACAUAGCCAUAUGCUAGAGGAUGAUGUGGGAUUAAUCCGUUACCCUAUUUUUUACAAGUGUGGGUUUUUUCAGGCUUUUUGGUGUUGUGGUUUUUUUUCUCCCCACUGAAGAUGUGCAUUGGUUUGAAUUUGCCUACUGUUUGAUAAAAAUACAUUUGUCAAAGCCUGACAAUCUUUAACAUUUUAUGGUGUGUGUUUUUAAUUGACCCACUUACUUAGAAUGAGAGACUAGUGGUUAAACAGUACUUGUGAUUUGAGAUAUAGCAUGUUGACAAUAUUUAACUGUUCGUUGUUUAAAAUUCUAAUUUAAAAUUUUAUAAGAUAAUAAACUAAUUUGAUUUAAGCUUAGCUUUCUCCCAUUGAGCAUACAAAAAUUAAGUUCAAGUCAGUCGUGUUUGCAAAACUGCUGUUUUGUGCACCUUGUAUUGUCUUUUUGGUUGAGAAUAUUGUAUUUAAUAUGUAGUUUACUCAUUUAGUAGGCAGAUUCCCCAAAAGGAAAAUCAGUAAAACAAGUAGAUUGUAACAUUUACUGCAGUUAAACAGAAUCAAAACUUGGUGUAUAAUUACUUUUUGAUAGGAAAAUGUAGUACAAUGCAUUUUGCUAUAUUUGUCUUUCCCUAACUUUGAAAUAUACAUAUUUGUAUAUAUAGCCUUAAAACUAAUGCAGAGUUAGGGAACACUGGACAGUGAAAAAGUAACUUAUAGUGUCUUGGAACUAAGUAUAGUAUAUACCAGCAAACUUUUCUUUUAUCCCUCUUGUCUAUGUGGGGUGCUUAAACGUAACUUCAUUGUAUUCAGUUUGUAAUCUGUUCAAGCAUGAAUGAAGAAAACAUAAGCACUAUUUGUAUUUAUAAAUUUAUAGCAAUUUUUGCUUUAAGAACCAGUUCCUUACCUACCUAUGAAUAAAUGCUUAAAAUGUCUAAUUUUGUUGUAGAGUGCAAAACUAUAAUAAUGUUAAGUUAUAGCUUCACAGGCACCUAAUUAACAAGCAUAUUUAAUAAUACAUGGCGUAUUAGUGCAAAAAGCUAAACCUAAUUUAGGACUAGGCAGAUAAAGUUCUGUCCUUUUUCAUAGAGACUAAAGUUUAGUUUUGGAAACUGCAAAACGUUGAACUGGACUGUGGAACCUUUGAGUUUUUAAACUUUAAAAAUCGGAAGCAAAACUGUGGUGUGAAAAGCCAUACUUCAAACCAUAAUCACUUAAACUGUCUCAGUGACAAAUGAUACAUUUGAAGCCUCUUCUUAUGAGGUCUCCUAAAGGUUAGAAAGAACAUAAUUCUGCUAUUGCUACAGGCGAUGUAACUAGGUUUGAGGGUAGCGGAAGAAAGCCCGUUUCAGGCCUUUCUCUCUCCUGCCUAUGUUCAGCGUUUUGAUGAGGUCAGAGCACUGAAUCUAUUAUGUAUGCAUAAACACUGCCAUUUUAGAUACAGAUUUUGAUUACAAAAUAUGCGAACUAAGUAUAUAAAGCAUCCUAGAACAGAGGCAAGCUCUACUUUUCACCGCUCUGAAAAGGAAAAGGCACUUUUGCACCUUUGUGCAUCUCCUUCUUGCACCAGAAACUUUUUUUUAAAUGCUAAAAAAACAUUAGCACCUCAGGGGCAAGGCAGCAAUUUUUUUUUUUUUUAAAGUAUUGUGUGCUAUUUAUUUCCCUCUUGGAAAAAGAUUCCUGUGUGACAAAAAUGAAAAUUGUGUGAUGUUAAAAGAUGUAUUUUUAAAUACAUGUUCAAAUAGGAUGGUCCCAAUUUGCUUGUUUUUAAAAGGAAAUUACAUUUGUAAAGCUACUUUGCUUCGUAUGCCAUGCGACUUUGUUUUCCUUCUACGUUUGACAGCUUCACUGGCUUCAGUUUCUGUGAGUUUUGUUAUAGUCAGAUUAAAUGUUUCACUGAUCAUUCUGGGAGAAUACCUGUACUGCUUUAUAGACAAGUGUUUCAAAUAAUUCUCACUAAUUCAGCAUUGAAAUAUGUUCAAGACAGAGGCUUCUAAAAUGUGUUUUAAAACCAAUGUUGGGUUAACUAAAUGCAAUUACAUUAAGUA